UUAGGUCACGUCUGACGUGCUUGCUCAUCAGGGGCGUGGCUAUUUCAGAACUACCUUUGCUCGUGUUUGGGAUAUUUUCGCCCCCUCCCGCCCUCUUUUUUUUGAAAGUCACAUGGGGAAGUUAUCUCGUGACAUUUUUGAACAAAUACGAGGGGAACAAGGCGUUCCGGGGAUGGUGAGUUUUAAUUGGACAGCACAUCUUCAGCAUCCAACAGUCGGAGGCGUCCAGCCAGAGCUGUUCCACUUGUCCCCCUCCCACCACAACCAACACAAACGGCCACAUCUGAGUGUCCAGAGCUGAGCUUCUCACCCGGGGCACCUUUCUCCGCGCGGACAGCCGGCUGCCAAAUACUGCGCCCUCGAGCAGGAAGUGGGUGAAGCAGCGCGCGGCGGUGCAGAGAGGGUCAGCAGGUCACGCCGAGGCUGCUCUCACCAUGUCCAACGAACACACCCCUCUGAUAACCUCCAGAGUGUGCGGUCUGACCAUGACCACCCCGACAUGCGGCGCACCUCCAGAAUCGCCUCAGGAGUCCAGCUCUGGAGCUCCAAGCCCGAACCCGCGGAGGCUGAACACCUUCUUUGGAGUGAUGGUGCCGACUGUCCUGUCCAUGUUCAGCAUCAUCCUCUUCCUGAGGACAGGCUUUGUGGUGGGUCAUGCGGGGCUGCUGGAGGGUCUUUUAAUGAUAGCUGUGGCCUACAUCAUCAUAUCUCUCACAAUACUGUCCAUCUGUGCCAUUUCUACCAACGGCGCCAUACAAGGGGGUGGAGCUUACUAUAUGAUCAGCCGCUCUUUGGGGCCCGAGUUUGGAGGAAGCAUCGGGUUGAUGUUCUUCCUGGCCAAAGUGUUUGCAUGUGGAGAGUACGUUCUGGGUCUUGUGGAGGCCAUACUUGAUGUAUUUGGUAUGGAUACAGAGUCAUCUGUAUCUGCAGGAGUGCGGGUGCUCCCUCAGGGUUACUGGUACACCGUGCUGUACUCCUCGGUGGUCCUCCUCCUGUGUCUCAUCAUCUGUCUCGUCGGCGCUCACAUCUACUCCCGGACCGCCUUCGUCAUCCUGCUGGUGGUCACCGUGUCACUGCUGUCCAUCUUCAUCAGUUCUGUCGCAGUCAAGCCCCAAAGUUUUGUCAUCACUCACCAGGGACUCGGUAACCAGACGCUACGGUACAACGCCAGCUUCACAGGUUUCAGCGCUGAAACACUGAGGAACAACCUUGGCCCUCGUUACUCUCUGGACUACAGCACCAACACCGUCAUGUCGUUUGCUACGGUGUUCGCCGUCAUGUUCACCAGCUGCACUGGGAUCAUGGCUGGAGCCAACAUGUCAGGGGAGCUGAAGACACCAAGUGUGUCGAUCCCGAGGGGCACCAUCAUCGCCGUCAUUUACACCUUCACCGUCUACAUCCUCCUCUUCCUUUUGGCCAGUGCCACUUGUGACAGAACCCUGUUGAUUCAGGAUUAUGGAUUCUUCCAGAGAAUCAAUUUAUGGCCGCCUUUCGUCACAAUUGGAAUAUUCUGCGCCUCCCUGUCAGCCGCCAUGUGUGCCAUGAUCGGAGCGUCCCGCAUCCUCCACGCUCUUGCUUUGGACCAGCUCUUUGGUUUGCCAUUGGCUCCAGCCGCCAUCACGUCGAGCUCCGGGAAUCCCUGGGUGGCGGUGCUGUACACCUGGGGGCUGGCACAGUGUGUGGUGUUCGCGGGACAUCUCAACGCUGUGGCCGGUCUGGUUACCGUCUUCUACCUGCUGGCUUAUGCUGCCGUUGACCUGGCCUGUUUGGCUCUUGAGUGGGCAUCAGCUCCUAAUUUCAGACCGACCUUCCAGUUCUUCUCCUGGCACACGUGUCUGCUGGGCAUCGUCAGCUGUGUGGUCAUGAUGUUCGUCAUUAACCCCGUGUACUCCUCAGGCAGCAUCGUCCUCCUGCUGCUGCUUCUGCUCUUCCUCCACUACAGGUCGCCCACCAGCAGCUGGGGCUAUAUCAGCCAGGCUCUCAUUUUCCACCAGGUGCGUAAAUAUCUGUUGAUGCUGGACGUGAGGAAGGAGCACGUGAAGUUCUGGAGGCCGCAGGUUCUGCUGAUGGUGUCCAACCCUCGCUCGUCCUGUCAGCUGAUCCUGUUUGUGAACCAGCUGAAGAAAGGAGGCCUAUAUGUUCUGGGUCACGUGCAGUUGGGAGAUCUAGAUGCACUGCCCUCAGACCCAGUUCAGCAGCAGUAUAACUUCUGGCUCAGCCUGGUUGAUAAACUUGGGGUGAAGGCCUUUGUUGACCUGACGCUCUCCCCCUCAGUGAGACAAGGAACGCAGCACCUGCUGCGCAUCACAGGCCUCGGCGGCAUGAAGCCCAACACCCUGAUUUUGGGUUUCUAUGACAGCUGCACUCCGGAUGACUUCUUCUUACAAGACUCCGCCUUCUACGACGCCUCGGUGGGUCAAACCAGUGAGGGAGAAUACAACUUCGGGGUUGACCUGCCCUCGCUGCAGGCCCAUUUCCCCCCCGUCCGGCACGUGGAGAGCCCCCGAUGGCUGUCGCCGGAGGAGUACGUGGGCAUCAUCUCCGACGCCCUUAAAAUGAACAAGAACGUGUGUCUUGGCCGGUACUUUUUCCAGCUGCAGGGAGAAGGUAAGGACAGUAAAACGGAUGGAUCGGAGCGCACCAUCGACGUGUGGCCUCUUAACCUGCUGCAGCCGGGCAGCCGCGACUACCAGGACGUGUGCAGCCUCUUUCUGCUGCAGAUGGCUUGCGUGCUCAACAUGUCCAGCAAGUGGCGCAACGCACGAAUGCGGAUCUUCCUAAACGUGGAGACUGCCUCCUGCGACCAGGGCUGGGUGAUAAAUGAGGAGACUUUCCGGGAUCUGCUGAAAAAGCUGAGGAUCAGAGCGUCUAUAAAGAUCGUGUCCUGGGACCCGGCGGUGCAGUACCACACGGUGUCGAAAGCAGACUGCUCCUCAGAGUCCUUGCCAACCCUGUCGGAAGACUUUUUAUCGGCGGUGAACUCCAUGUUGAUGGAGCACAGCUCCCAAGCUGCAGUGCGCUUCCUGUAUUUACCCCGGCCUCCGGCUCACAGCAGCCAGGCGCAGCAGUACCUGGCUCAGCUGGAGGCCGUCACCUACGGUUUAGGACCAACACUCCUGAUUCACGGAGUCACCCCUGUCACGUACACUGACCUCUGAGCAUGAGCAGUAGGAGCUUUGCUUGGGUUGUAUACAUGCAGCAAAUACUUAGCAUUAAGUAGAAAACCAUCAUUUUAUUUUAUUUAAAAAAACGAUAUAUUGAAUUGAAAUCACUUUCAGCUGCUGCAUCUUUUCGCUUGAAUAGAAGAAGUGCCACUUGAUAUUUUGCUUAAAAUAGGAUAUUUUCCUGUUUUUGUACUUGAAAUAGUUUUAUGAGAUGUCUUAUAUUCUAGUCUAUAACUUGUGUUAUUCUGUUUGCAUCGGCCAUAUAUCAGCACAUCACACGACAACAUGGAAGCACUGACUCCUCCCAAAAAAACAUUGCAGUCAUGGAGAAUUUUUCUGACAAAAAUAUUGUCUUAGUUCAGAGUUUUUUGUGUGGAGGUCACACAUGUUAAGACUUUUUUAUGUUGAUGGUAAAACAGUCCAGUCUCCGUUUUUCUUUAAAGGGUAACCAAACCCUAAAUCAACUUUUUUGGGCUGUUGACCUCUAUAGAUGGGGCUUUAAAAGUGCUGUCUGUUGCCACAUUUUUGAAAAAUUAAAAUAAACUUAUUUAACUCUUGAAAAUAUAGUCAAAACCCGUUUAUAUGCUGCCCCCUACAGGUUGAAUCGAAGUAUUACAUUUGAAUUUCAUGAUUGAUCAAACCAUUUAAAUCCCACAUCAUGAUCUACCGCUAAAAACCUGCUUCUGAUGCAGAUUGACUACCAGAAAUUAUUGCGUUUAAGCUGUUUGCUUCAAAAACCAAAAAAACUUUUCUGACCAAAGACAUUUGUUUGUAAAAAUGCUGAUAGUUUUAACGCCCCAGCACUUUUACUGUUUGCUUCUAAAGAGUCCUCUUGUGUGAGUUUAAAUGAAAACUCCUCUGUGUGUGAUCUCUUGAUGGCACUGAGUGCAGAUGAAACUGUUUUAACAGGUGAAACAUGUACUGUACAUCACAUUUGCUGCCUCUUUGUUGUUGUUUCGUAUUUAUUAAAAAUAUAUUUGAGACUACAUCAGAAUAAAAAAGUUUUAUUUCAUACAUUUACGCAAAAACCCUCGUCUGAAAGCAGGAAAUAAUGUGUUUUGUCUGUUUUUCAGUCCUGUACUUCCAGCUUCAUUCAUACUAAUAAUUGAAAAAAACACAUUACUACUUUAAAUCUAAACUGUGUAUUUAUAUGUCUUUUCUACUCUUCCUUAAAACAGUUUUAUGUUUUUGAUACAAAUAAUAUUACAGCACUAGUAAAAUGUUUUUUUUACAUAUUUUUUAACCCUUUCCUCACUGAGGCACACCAGCUAUUUGUGUAUGAACAUGAUAAUCUAAAAAUAUGAUAAUCUAAUAUAUGCAAAUAUCAAUACUGAUUACGAUGAUUUAAAUGUGUUGCCAAACUUGCUCUUUCCUCCCUUGUCUGCCUCUUGAAGUAGUACCUGGCUAGAUAGGCAGGACAAGUGCAUAUAUAUAUGUGUGUGUGUAUUGGUUUUUGUUUUCACGGUUUUGUUCCUACAAGUCAAAGUUUCAAUAAUAUAUAAUAAUAAUAUAUGCAACUAAAGUAUGAUGUCAGAUUCUCACGUAA